AUGCCUUUUUCAAACUCCCACCGAGCGUCUCUAGAUGAACUUGAAGAUGAAAAACGAGGAAAGGCUGAAAAUGUGGAGGAAUGUUCGAACAUUACGUGCAUCGACGAUAUCCAGGUGCUAGGUCUCGCUCCAGACGACGCUGAAUUUUACCGCAAUUUUGAUACGGAAAAAAAGAAGAGAGUUCUAAAGAAGGCACGGACCAUCACACCGUGCUAUAGAAAAGUUGACAUUAGACUAGUCCCGAUGCUCUCUGUGCUAUAUUUAGUUUCCCACCUCGACAGAGCUAAUAUAGGCAAUGCUAAAAUUGCUGGACUGACGGAGGACCUGGGAUUAAGUGGUAUUCAGUACAACAUUGCACUCAGUCUUUUUUUCAUCCCAUAUGUUCUUCUCGAGGUACCCAGUAAUAUCCUCCUCAAGACUUUCACCCGGCCUUCUUAUUAUCUGGGUAUCUUGAUUGUCAGUUGGGGAAUCAUUACGACCUUGACAGGUGCCGUUCAGAAUUUUGGGGGACUGCUAGCUGUACGAAUUCUGUUGGGAAUUUUUGAGGCUGGGUUCUUUCCCGGUGCGGUCUACCUUUGCUCACUGUGGUACAUGCCGAGGGAUCUCGCAACCCGUAUAUCAUUGUUUUAUUGCGCAAGUGCUUUGUCCGGUGCAUUCUCUGGUCUUCUCGCGGCAGGGAUCGCCAAAAUGGAUGGGGUUGGUGGCUAUGAGGGGUGGAGAUGGAUCUUCUUGCUCGAGGGGUUGCUAACGGUGAUUCUCGGGGUGAUGUGCUUUUUUUUCCUCAUUGACUCCCCAAGGCUAUCUGGGAAAUGGCUUGAAGUUGAUGAGAUUCGUUAUCUAGAGCUACAACACUUCAUCAAGGAAGGUGGAAAGUUCAAGGAGGAAAAGAAGAAGACUUCAUGGAAAGAAAUCCGAGCUGUGAUAAUGAACUGGCGGAUGUAUCUGUUAGCUUACAUCUUACUGUGUCAAUCUGCCUGCUCAUAUGGAACCAAAUUUACCCUCCCUACCAUCACGAAAGGAAUGGGAUUCGAAGGCACCAAUGCCCAGCUAAUGACGGUUCCUCCCUACGUUGCCGGUGCCAUAUCCGCGGUAUUCUUUUCAACUUUAUCCGACCGAUUCUACUGGCGUAUGCCCUUCGUUGUAGCCCCGCUUCUUCUGAUCAUUACUGGAUACUCUAUCAUUAUGGGUCUCAAGGGUCAACUUCAAGCUCACAUUGGGCCGGGCUUCUUCGCAAUUAUUCUGACUUGUAUGGGUAUUUAUCCAACUCAUCCUGCGACAACUUCAUGGACAAUGAAUAACCUGGCUCCUUCUAAUCGCCGUGCCAUUGGAAGCGCAUUCAACAUCUGUGUCGGCAACAUAGGAGGGAUAAUUGGCAGUUACAUGUAUCUUGAUCGCGAGGGUCCUACUUAUCCUACUGGCUUUGGGUUAUCAUUGGCUUUUGGUGGAUCAGCUCUUCUUGCAGCCUUGAUUCUCGAAGUCUCGUUCGUUUAUGCAAAUAAACGUAACGGUAUGAUGAGUGAGUCGGAGAUACGGGACAAAUAUAGCGACGAGCAGCUCCUGGAGAUGGGGGACAAGUCACCGCUUUUCAAGUAUACCCUGUGA